CUACCGCCAUCAUUAGGUACGCCAGACGCUUGGGUAGCUUCAAAAUCCUCCUUCACCCUUCAUCCUGCUAGACGGAGCUUUCUGUGCUACCUUUCCUAGUGUCACCAUGGGAAUAACUCUAGACUCGACUCCAUCGAGCCCCGUCUUAUGUGAUUGGUGUCAGACUACCGUCUUUGAUAAACAUCUCCUGGCUGUGAUUGAUCGCGGCAAGAAAGGUACGACUGGAUUGUCUACUGAUGAAGGACCCUUUGAAACGGCAAUCGACCCAGUGGCAUACUUUGGGAACCGGGAUGCAUUUGCUGGGUCCCAGCGGUCCUUUCGUCAAAACACUGAUUUGCUACUGCGGAAUGCGUCUCGGGGGUGUAUCUUCUGUAUGCUUCUUAAUAAUGCCCGAGGUGGGCUGCUUGCUGAUUUCGACUUCAUGAUUACCGUCGACGAUGCUUGGAAGUGGUCCAAAGUGUCUGUCGCUGGCAAUGGCGACGAGGAUACAGAACCCACUGGUUACUUUCGGGUGUAUAAGACAGUUGGCCCUGUCAACCUCGCAUUUUCUGGAUUGGCCUCAGCAAAUGGCGAUUUUCAACAUGGGAGCUCACUAGCACAGCAACUAGCUCGAGAUGGCGGGGCUCUCCGCGCUUUGGUUGAUGAUUGUACGGCUCAUCACCCUGAUUGCAAGCCACGGGAGGGCUUAGACCUUCCUUCCAUGCUGCUCUAUGUUUCUGGGACAUUAAUGUCACCGACGGUGCGCCUCAUCAAGAUGUCGGAUAUCGAUGUCUUCCCAGUCCGCUACGUCUGCCUGAGCUACUGUUGGGGCAAAACACAGCCAAACGUGACCACGACCAGCCGAUUGAAUUCAUACACAGCCGGAAUUGACACGGCAGAGAUCCCCGAAACCAUACUAGACGCCAUUCGUGUCGCCAUUAGCAUGGGCUUCCGGUACCUCUGGGUGGAUGCGUUCUGCAUUGUGCAAGAUAGUGGGCCGGACAAGAUUACCGAGCUGGGUAAGAUGGCCUCCAUUUACUCGGGAGCCGCCUGCACAAUCUGUGUCAUGUCGGCCAAAUCUGCGAACGAAGGCUUCUUGCGACAGGCCUACUUAGACGGUAGUGAGAACCAGUCAAUCCGUACAUGGCACGCUGAUAUAUACGACGGCACAAGCCAAGCGGCGGCGGCUGUUUUAGAAAUUCGGAGCGACUUCUCCUACGAAGACAUUUUUGACAGUCCGAUUUUUGAACGAGGCUGGACUUUCCAAGAGGCGCUCCUCAGUCCACGCCUUGUCAUGUUCUUUCCUCAUGGCCAGCGGCCUGCGUUGCGAUGCUCCACACAUACCGUCCAAUCCGAUGGUGGUCUGAUCCCAGCGCACCCAAAAGCUCUGGUGAACCUUCGAGAGGUGGAGCAAGUAGUUGAAAGGGAGAGGGGAAAAUGGGGAGACUACGAUGAUCAAUCGGCCAAUGCCGAAGAAUGGGUCACGAUUGUCAAGCAGUACUCCCAGAGAUCCUUAACAUACGAGGUGGACAAGAUGCCCGCGUUCAUGGGCAUAGUGUCCGAGUGGGAAACCCGGUUCGGACAGGGCGCGUACUGGGCCGGUGUCUGGUCCGCGACCCUAACCAAGGACCUCAUCUGGAAAUCUCGUAGAGACUACUCCCCACGGUCCGCCCACGAGUCGUACGUCGCACCAUCAUGGUCCUGGGCGUCUCGUGCCCAUCCCGUCUAUUACCAAGACCUGAGGGAGAUCAAUACUUUCGAAGGCAACAGUUCAUUCGAGGUUGUUUCGUGUGAGGUGAUUCCCGCUCACGAGGACCUGCCCAACGGCGCAAUCAAAUCGGCCCAGUUGACUGUCAAGUGUAUCGCGGAGCUAGUUGACCUUGGGGACUCCGAGUCAGAGUUUGCUUCCUGUGCCGUCUCAAGUGGGUCAGUGCGUAUUGAAUUCGACGACAGUCCUAGGUCGCAGGAUAUCAGGGAAGUCUGGCUGCUAUAUGUUAACGACGAGGAGCCGUAUAACAAUCCUCAUGGAAUCGGGAUAGCAGUUGCUGAAGUCGACCACACUGAUGCCGAUGGCCCCAAGUUAUAUAAACGAGUAGGUUGCUUUGUUUGUGCCGGGCGUGGACUCGAGGGCCCAAGGAGGACUUUUACAAUUAUAUAGAUGCAAGAUUUAACUAGACCAUGGAUCAGGGAAAUAAUUCUAAGGAAAACCCUAGUAUCGGCCCAGCUGAUAUUUUUUGAGUUU